GUGGCUUUAUUUCAAACGUCAAAAACUUCAUUCAGUCCUCACUUUCAGGAACAGGAACACAACACAUGUACACAACACAAUAAUCCACACUUUUGCCACACUCCCCCAAACUUUUCUCUCUCUCUCUCUCUCUCUCUCGCUCUGCAACACACAAAUUUUGGAGCACUAUUCCAUGGCGGUGUUGAACCGCUUGUUGUUGAGAGUGGGAGCGAGAGCCACAACUACAAGCCACUCCAAAUUCCGUGCCUUCUCUUCUUCUUGCUCCAUAGUAAACCCCGAAGCUGACCUCAAAGCUUCUCCUCCGUCUUCGUCUUCUUCUUUGCUAGGCUCGAAGCUCCUCCCUCUCCGCCAAGACCACCAUCACCACCCAGUCCAAUGGGUUUUCCUUGGCUGCCCAGGCGUCGGAAAAGGCACCUACGCCUCUCGCCUCUCCAAACUCCUCCAUGUCCCUCACAUCGCCACCGGCGAUCUCGUCCGCGACGAGCUCUCCUCCUCCGGCCCCCUCUCUUCUCAGCUUGCAGAGAUUGUUAACCAAGGGCAAUUGGUUUCAGAUGAAAUUAUAAUAAAUUUGUUAUCCAAGCGUCUUGAAGCUGGUGAAGCUAAGGGUGAAUCUGGCUUCAUUCUUGACGGUUUCCCUCGAACCAUAAGACAGGCGGAAAUUCUGGAGGGGGUAACAGACAUUGACUUGGUGGUUAACCUGAAGCUUCGAGAAGAAGCAUUGCUUGCAAAGUGCCUUGGAAGAAGAAUAUGUAGUGAGUGUGGAGGAAACUACAAUGUUGCAUGUAUUGACAUAAAGGGUGAGGAUGGGAGUCCUGGAAUGUACAUGGCUCCACUUCUUCCCCCUCCACAUUGUGCAUCUAAACUUAUCACUCGACCGGAUGAUACUGAAGAAGUUGUAAAGGAACGCCUUCGUAUAUAUUACGAAAUGACUCAACCUGUGGAAGAAUUCUACCGCAGUCGUGGGAAGUUGUUGGAGUUUGAUCUGCCAGGUGGGAUCCCAGAAUCCUGGCCAAAGCUGCUUCAAGCUCUGCAUCUUGAAGACCAUGAUGACAAGCAGUCUGCAGCAGCAUGAAUUAAGUUACUUUUCUGCAAUCUGUAGUAUAUUUACAAAGUAAGCUAGUUCAUUCUUUGCAUGUUGAAGAUAUGCGCAUGCAUAUCUGUUUAAAAACGAAGGGCAACAUCAUUUAUGUCCAAUAAGAAGUGAUACAUGCCUAGGCAUCUACAAGGAAGCUCCCUGUUAGGAGGAGAUACAUGGAAUUUGUAAGAUAAUUGUUUGGAGAGCGAGGAAUUUUUAUAUUUUUUAGCUUGCCUGAAUACAACUGGGCCAGUGAGGGCAGCUCUACUGUUUCAAAUUGUGCUGUGAGAACUUGAGGAUUGAAUGUCCCAUAUAGAACAGAAUUGCCUACUUGUGAACUGGGUCAGAGGUCCUAGUUAUCCCGAUCCACACAAUCUGGUGCAUCUUGAAACUAUCUUAAAGAGUUACCAUGAGUUUAGGCCA